GUGGUGCCGUGGUUAUGGCGGCUUCGGUUUACGGCAGCGAGCCGCUCCUCAGACGGACGCUUGUUUAAUCAUAACGUCAGGGAGCAUCGAUCCGAAGUUAGUCGCCUAAAAGACCACUAUUUGACUAUUUGGAAAGUUUUCAGUCGAGUUUCGGAGUGAGGUGAGGAGGACAGGAUUUGUGAAGCUGGGUUCGAUAGUGAUGAGGUGCCUUGAUUUUGAAGUGUGGUGAAGUCAUAGCCGAUGCAUGUUCGCUAGUUGCGGAACAGCGAUAUUCAAGGUGGCAAUAACGAUGUAGCAAAAGAACCCUUUUGAACGAAGUCGUUUUGGCUGUUUGUUCUGUACUACUUCAUCAUAUGGUGUUAGGACAGGGCAGGUGCAGUUUCGUGGGGUGGCUGUACCCAUUGCGAGCAUAGGAAUUAUAACUUUAAACCAGGAGAAUUCUCGAAUUGUCUAGGAUGAACGUUUUAAUUCGCGCGCUAGUCACUCUGGCGCUUCUAUUAAUUACCAGGGUGCCAGUUAAUAUUGCUCAGUUCAGCCGGGAUCGAGACGCGUUUGAUGAGAUCCGGGACAAAUUCGAUAGGGUAUCACAGCAUAAUUGUCGCAUUCAGGAUAUUAAUGAGCUUUUCCUGCCUAAUGACACAGUCACCCAUGUGCCAAAUAUCAAGCAGUUGAACAUCGAUCCUGUAUUUCCAAACCGGACAAAUCUUUUGCAUAUACACAAUAUGGCCAUAAGCAAAGCGUUUUUUUUCAGUUUUAUCCUUCAGAGGGCGAAAGACAACGACGAACCUGGCUUCAUGUAUUAUUUUAUGUCGGUCAUCGCGGACGUAGCAGCCAAUCGUUUCAUUAACGCUUCGGCGAUCUACUACGCACCGAACAUGUCGUUUACGCCGUCGUAUAAAGGAUUUUUCAACAAGACCAUGCCCUUGUUCGCGCCAAGAGCAUUCAGAUCCGACGAUUUUAAUGAUCCGUAUCACCUAGAAGGAACAUCAACGUUGAAUACAAUAGAAGCUAUAGAUCUUGGAGCCAUACCGCCAGAUUCUCCGUCACUGAACUAUUCAAGCGACCAAUACCGUAUCAACGAGUGGUAUUCGGCCUGGCUGCCCGACCUCACCAAACGGCAAGAUUCAAAAACCACCUAUACCGUCCAAAUUACCGACUAUUUCGGGAACAACGACACCUUCGUCUGGCAUGGUCCACCUGCCGGUAAUGAUAAUCCCGGACCGGUAAAAUGGGUUCGGCCAUAUUUUGAUUGCACCAGAUCCGACAAAUGGGUUUAUGGAGCAACAUCUCCCAUUCCUGAUAUUUAUCCCCGACAUACGCAAUGGCGUCACAUUGAAAUACCCCGCUACGUUGCCGUUUCUGUAAUGGAACUCGACUUUGAGCGUAUCGACAUUAACCAGUGUCCGUUCGGGCCAGGAAAUCCUCGACCGAACUAUUUCGCCGGAACUUCCCGCUGUAAAAACGAUACGACGGACUGCGAACCCGUCCACGGGUACGGGUUCCGUCGUGGAGGUUACCAAUGCAGAUGUAAACCAGGUUUUCGAAGGCCUCGCGUCGUGCGUAACCCUUACCACGGCGAACUGAUUGAGAGGGCGUCGAAGCAUGAGUAUGAAAACGGCUACCAAUGCGAUAAAAUUGGCUACAUCGCCGUGCUGACACAGACCCUUAACCGGGUACCUGAAGACAAACGGUGGGAGCUUAUUGGACGCUACGCGAACUAUAUGGCUAUAGACGGCGUCAGUAACGGAACCAGAAUUGACCCGCUUGCACUUCUCAAACGAAUGCGACAGGUGCGGCCCGGAAAUUGUGCAGAUAUCCGAAAAAAAAAUCCCGAUGCACUUCGCCUGGGAGGUGACGUAGUCUACGGGAAGGAGGUUCAACUUGAGAACGAAGCCAGAAUGGCGGUUCGCCUCGCCAACUUCGUCUCUGGAUUCCUGCAGAUCGUUGAUCCGAAGGACCUGUUUGCAGAAUUCCGUGUCCCGGACAAAUCCCUAACAGCAGACCAGAUGAUAGGAGAGGUGAUGUCCAUCGUAAUUGGAGAUCAGAAAGUUGUGGGCGCAGGCAUCUAUUUUGACUAUAAGGCCUUCACCGACAGGAACUAUUUUGGCCCAUAUGCGUGGAGAAAGGGACGAAACGAACGUAAGUAUUUCGUAGACGACACAGGCAGAUUUGCAAAUACCAACAGCGGGAGAGAUUACCUCAACAAGGAGUGGUACCAACACCCUCGCACUCAGUGGAGCGCAAACCUGGAUGAUCUGACUACAUACACAACAAAGAUACGGAUCCGAUACAACUCAACGGGACAUUCGGCUAUAAAAUACGACCACUUUCCUCUGCAAUACAAGGCUGCUGAUGUGAAGGAUGGGUACUGGACCUCACCGUAUUUUGAUUGUGGAGGCUAUCACAACUCGUGGAUGGUGACAUACGCGGCCCCGUUCUUCGGGUGGGAUAGUCUGCGAGCGCGGUUGCAGUUUAAAGGCGUCGUCGCUGUGAAUAUUGAGCUGGAACAGCUAGAAAUCAACCAGUGUCCUGACUACGGAAAAUAUUCAGAAAAUAACGCUUUUGAAAACACGCACAAGUGUGAUCGCCGGUCCUCCAGGUGUGUACCAAUCCUUGGGCGAGGCUUCGAUCAGGGCGGAUAUAAAUGUGAAUGUAACCAAGGCUACGAGUAUCCUUACAACGAUCCAAUAACAUAUUUUGAUGGACAGAUUGUCGAAGCUGAAUUCGAAAGGCUCGUAAACGAUAAACCAAGUCGUUUUGAACGGAUGCGCUGUCGUCUUGCUGGUGCUACUCAGGCGACUGCUAGUGACGUGGUUAUCCUCGUAGGAGUUUUUCUUGCCCUGAGGAUUUGAAUGCGUUAAGAACAUCCUAUCUACCAACAUUCUAUACUGAGUUAGAAAUGAAGUAUUUUACUCAGAAAAUGUUGAGCUCUUCCUGACCAAACAGUGAGGUGUUACACAUCUGACACUUGGUGCCAGGGAAGCCGAAGGUGGAAUUGUUGGCUGCGUUUUCCGCCAUUUUGAUAAUCGGAAUACCUUAGCGAUGAUGAAAAGCUGCAGAUGAUCUGAGCAGGCAAACCGAGAGUCGAUAGUGUCACUAUAGCGUCUGCAAACUGCAAAAUCAUAAAAGAACAAUCUUUACAAAAUACGGGCACUUCAAGAAACUAGCCAAGAUUAUUGUACUAUAUAAUAUCAAUUCCAAAUAUAUUGUAUUAGGCAGGAUUGCCCUAGUGACUAAGCGAGUUGGCUAAUUAGCAAGAAAUGAGUACGAUGAAUGAAUGGCUAAUCUACCUAUGUUCCUUAAAUCAAUGUACCCAUAGUUAUUUUUAUUUUAUUUAAAAAUUGCAAUAGAUUGAUAUUUUCAUCUCUGUUUGAUUGCCAUAUUCGGAUGGGUGGGGAAGGUGCGGUUCAUAAAAGCAUUUUUAUAGCGGUAGGUAACAAAGUUCAAGUUGAAGAAUAUUCAGAGUGUUUUCUAGAUUUUGCUGCUUGUGAAGAAGUUUCACUAUAUAUAUAUAUAUAUAUAUAUAUAUAUAUAUAUAUAUAUAUGUAGAGAGAGAGAGAGAGAGAGAGGUGUAUAGAGGUAAGCAUGGACAACUAUAUAAUUUGCACAGAAAGUUGAGUUGCUAUUUUAUCGACUAGAAGGUUCAGCUUUUACAGGCAAUUUUUGUCGAGUGAAUUACUGCUUUGUUAAUUCCAUAAAAAGAGGUGCCGAAAUCAAAACUGUACAAUAUGUAGCAUAUACAACGUGUAUAGCAAAAGACCCAAAAACGAACCUUUUGUGACGGCAGUUCCAAAUUUGGAGACGUAUGAUGAUAAAGCAAUGCGUAUUGCGUGUAAUGUAAGGAGGCAACUUUGUACUCUCAUAUUUUUAGAGGAACAAAAACCAAGCCUAGAGAUGAUUAGUGCCUGUAGCAUUGUUAUUGACAUAAUUGCUGAAGUUAAAGCCACUCUUGAGAGAAACUGAAUAUCAGAAAAAGCCACUUCAUUUCAGAUGCAUACCACAAGCGGUGUAAUUCUAUUAUUUACAGAGAUGCACCUUACAUUGACCAUGUGAAUGGAUGAAGCUGAAUUUUUUCCCAAUAACGGUCCUAGAUUGAGCAUAUUUCAUUAGGAAACAAAAUGCUAAUGGCCAACUGUUUUAUAGUACUGCUGAUUUUGCCAAAUACGGAUGUUAAUCUAAAAAAAGGUACUAAAAUAUGGGCCACCGCGUGAGUGACCCUACACAUGUCGGCAAUGCUUUUUCAGAUUAGCUCUGUGAAUAGUUUAAUUUUCACAUCUACCAUUCAAAUAACAAAGUAAACACUUUAAAGUCUUCAGUCAAUCUUUAAACGUUGCUUUAGACGAUUGACCUCCAACGGGUCCUGUGUUCAUAUAACGCUCAAUAAUAUGCCCUAUAUUAAACGACUAAUCACUUGCUAGGCCCCUGUCAAAAAUAAAUGAUAAUGUAUUGUAUGCAUUUCGCAUCGAAGUUUUUGCCUCGGUGGCACAAGAAAAGACCCGCCCUAGGUGAUAGCAGCACAUAAAUAAUAAGCCUUGAAGGAUAGAUACUGUGUAAGACAGUUUCUAAUACUGACGACGACCUAGUUUGCUGUAUGUGCAUGUAGGUUGGUGUCCAAUUGUGACCACUGGAUUACCUUUCAUGCUGGCAGCUUUUGUAUAGAUUUGUGUUCAACAAUAAACGAUUUAUAAUAAUAAUAAAUUCCAUAUUUAUUUACGUUAA